AGGGCGGGGACAGCGGCCGGGGGGCGGGAGGGAGUGCUGCGCGGUCAAGAUGGCGCUUCCCGUGAGCGUUCGGGCGGGCGCUGCCGUGCGGGACCUGGCCUUGCGAUCCGCCCGCCUGCGGGGCAGCUUCCCGGCUGUUCAAUUAACCCCUAGACGAUGGCUGAAUCUGCAGGAGUACCAAAGCAAAAAGCUGAUGGCAGACCACGGGGUUACAGUUCAGAGAUUCUUUGUGGCUGAUUCUGCAGAUGAUGCCCUGGAGGCUGCUCAGAGACUAAAGGCAAAAGAAAUUGUUCUGAAGGCACAGAUUCUGGCUGGAGGGAGAGGAAAAGGUACUUUCAACAGUGGAUUGAAAGGAGGAGUCCAUCUAACUAAAGACCCUAAGACUGUUGAACAGCUUGCUAAACAGAUGAUUGGGUACAAUCUGUCAACAAAGCAGACUCCAAAGGAUGGUGUGAAAGUGAAAAAGGUGAUGGUUGCAGAAGCACUGAAUAUUUCAAGGGAAACGUACUUUGCAAUCUUGAUGGAUAGAGCCUGCAAUGGACCUGUAAUGGUUGGCAGUCCACAGGGUGGUGUUGACAUAGAAGAAGUUGCAGCUACAAGCCCGGAACUUAUCUUUAAGGAGGAAAUAGAUAUUUUCGAAGGCAUACAAGAUCAUCAGGCGCUGCAGAUGGCAAAAAAUUUGGGAUUCAAAGGACCUCUGCAACAGCAGGCAGCAGAUCAAAUUAAGAAGCUUUAUAAUCUUUUCUUGAAAAUUGAUGCCACUCAGGUUGAAGUGAAUCCCUUUGGUGAAACUCCAGAAGGGCAAGUUGUUUGCUUUGAUGCCAAGAUAAACUUUGAUGACAAUGCAGAAUUUAGGCAAAAAGAAAUAUUUGCCAUGGAUGACAAGUCUGAAAAUGAGCCCAUAGAGAACGAAGCUGCCAAAUAUGACUUAAAAUAUAUCGGACUGGAUGGAAAUAUUGCUUGCUUUGUGAAUGGAGCUGGCCUUGCAAUGGCAACUUGUGAUAUAAUAUCUCUGAAUGGAGGAAAGCCAGCCAACUUCCUGGAUCUGGGUGGAGGUGUGAAAGAAGCACAAGUGUAUCAAGCAUUCAAACUGCUCACUGCUGAUCCAAAGGUUGAAGCGAUACUUGUAAACAUUUUCGGCGGUAUUGUGAACUGCGCCAUUAUAGCCAAUGGCAUCACCAAAGCCUGCCGAGAGCUUGAGCUGAAAGUGCCUCUGGUGGUCAGGCUGGAAGGAACAAAUGUUCACGAAGCCCAGCGCAUCUUGAAUGAAAGUGGACUCCCUAUUACCUCUGCAAGUGACCUUGAAGAUGCAGCAAAGAAAGCAGUGGCGAGUGUGGCCAAGAAAUAAUUCCUUGAAGAUACCUGCAGGAAGAGUGCAUGUUUUACAAGACAUCAUCCCUGUUGUCUCUUCAGAAGGACUGGUGGAAUUUUCCUAGGCUGUCAUCGGUGUAUGGGGGACUUUCUUUGUGACACAUGGCAAAUGAUAGCCUUGCAAAUUGGGCCUCACAAAUUCUUGCAGUUACUUUCUUGAAAAGUAUAUCUUCACCUAGCUUUGAUAAUUUUGGUAUUAAGGGUUUUAUUAAUACUUAAUUUCAUAAAUCUUUUUUUCUCCUUUUCUUCCAGAAUUUGCCACUGAUAAACACUGAGAAAACUAUUUCACAAUACUAUCGAUCAUCUUUUUAUAUUGUAAGGAGUCAGCAAACUGAUAAUGGGUUUAUAUUUUUAUGGAUUUUUAAAAGAAUGUAAAAAAAAAUUGUGCUCACAGUAUCUAUUUUUAUUCAAAUGAAAGUUUAUUUUCUUUUCUCUCUUUCU